AUGCGCUUUUCGAUCCUCGCCCUCGCCGUGGGCGCCGGCGCCUCCGCCAUCCCUGCCUCGCCCAACGACUGCUUCCGCGAGCACCACGAUGCCCUGGCCCAGUACGCGGAAUGCGGCUCGCAGCCCUCGCUCUCGACCUGCCUGUCGCAGCUCGCCGCCGACGCCGCCGACGCCACAGCCGUUGAGCGCUGUUACACAUCCCGACACGCCCAGCAGGCCCUUGCGCGGUGCGACGAGCUCGCCGCCGUCGAGCUGCGCCGCCGCACCCGGGACGAGGCCGCCAGGGCCCUGAUCACGCCCGCGCCCAUCGCCGCCCGCGAGAACGCCCAGGGCGACGACUGCUUCACCACCGAAAUCAGCACCCAAAAGAUCUGCCCGGGCUUCAUCUCCGGCACCUCCUUCCCCUGCACCAUGGGCCCUGUCACCGCAAAGUCCUGCCGCUCCGGCUGGCUCUGCACCGAGGACCCCAACGGCAAGGACAUUUGCAUGUCCAAGGUCGACAAGCUCGACGUCGGCGGCAUCAUCAUCUCCAUCGUCUUCGCCGUCAUCGUCGUCGGCGGCAUCUCGUUCCUCAUCUUCAUGUCCUGCGCCGAGAGCCGCGCCCAGAAGAAGAUGAAGGCCCGCGCCGAGGCCACCGCCCUCGCACGCGCCGCCACCAAGAAGAAGCGCGCGGAAGAGGUGCGCGCCCCCCUCAUGGCCCAGCAGCAGGAGGAGUACCAGACGCCGGGCGGCAGCGGCAGCGUCAACCCCUUCGGUGACGGCCAGCCUCACUGA